GGCUGAACCUGGCAGAUGCCAGGCACAUCCCAGAAAGGCAUCCGGGAAUGGGCAGCAUCCAGCUGGCACGAGGCAGCGGCUGCUUUGCGGGCCGGGGACCUGGAUGCGACCCAGGCACUGACAGGUGCCGGCAGAGCAGGGGGACCAGGGCAGCCCGAGCCCUUCCCAUCUCACCCCUCCACCGCUUCUGUUUUUCAGACUGUCAGCAUCAAUAAGGCUAUUAAUACACAGGAAGUGGCUGUCAAGGAGAAACACGCCAGAACAUGCAUCCUGGGCACGCACCACGAGAAGGGGGCACAGACCUUCUGGUCGGUGGUGAACCGGCUGCCACUCUCAGGCAAUGCUGUGCUCUGCUGGAAGUUCUGCCAUGUCUUCCACAAGCUCCUCCGCGACGGCCAUUCAAAUGUCCUGAAGGACUCUGUGAGAUACAAGAAUGAGCUGAGUGACAUGAGCAGGAUGUGGGGCCACCUGAGCGAGGGCUAUGGACAGUUGUGCAGCAUCUACCUCAAACUGCUGAGAACCAAGAUGGAGUUCCACACCAAGAACCCCCGGUUCCCCGGCAAUCUGCAGAUGUCUGACCGGCAGCUUGACGAGGCGGGAGAGAACGAUGUCAAUAACUUCUUCCAACUGACAGUGGAAAUGUUUGACUAUCUGGAGUGUGAGCUGAACCUCUUCCAGACGGUGUUCAGCUCCCUGGACAUGUCACGCUCUGUGUCGGUCACUGCGGCGGGGCAGUGCCGCCUGGCCCCACUCAUCCAGGUGAUCCUGGACUGCAGCCACCUCUACGACUACACCGUCAAGCUGCUCUUCAAGCUCCACUCCUGUCUGCCUGCCGACACGCUGCAGGGCCACCGGGACCGCUUCCUGGAGCAGUUCAGAAAGCUAAAGGACCUCUUCUAUCGCUCCAGUAACCUGCAGUACUUCAAGCGUCUGAUUCAGAUCCCGCAGCUCCCAGAGAACCCUCCCAAUUUUCUGCGAGCCUCGGCACUGUCGGAACACAUCAGUCCUGUGGUGGUCAUCCCUGCUGAGGCAUCCUCACCUGACAGCGAGCCCAUCACAGACCUGGUGGAAAUGGAAACAGCAUCACAGAGCCUGUUUGACAACAAGUUUGAUGAUAUCUUUGGCAGCUCGUUCAGCAGCGACCCCUUCAACUUCAACAGCCAGAACGGGAUGAACAAGGAUGAUAAGGACCGGCUGAUCGAGCAGCUCUACAGGGAGAUCGGGGCUCUGAAGGAGGAGCUGGAGAGCUUCAAGGCUGAGAGUGAGCGGCACAGCCUGCAGCUGCGCGGGCGCAUCAGUGAGCUGGAGGCAGAGCUGGCCGAGCAGCGGCACCUGAAGCAGCAGGCACUGGAUGACAGCGAGUUCCUGCGCACGGAGCUGGAGGAGCUGAAGAAGCAGCGGGAGGACACGGAGAAAGCACAGAGGAGCCUGACAGAGAUCGAGAGGAGGGCGCAGGCAAAUGAGCAGCGGUACAGCAAGCUGAAGGAGAAGUACAGCGAGCUGGUGCAGAACCACGCCGACCUGCUGCGAAAGAACGCAGAGGUGACCAAGCAGGUAACGGUGGCAAGGCAAGCCCAGGGCGAUGUGGAACGGGAGAAGAAGGAGCUGGAGGACUCCUUCCAGCGGGUGAGCGAGCAGUCCCAGCGGAAGUCCCAAGAGCAGGCAGAAGUGCUAGAGACGUUGAAGCGGGAGCUGGCAGCCAGCAAGCAGGAGCUGCAGGUCUUGCAGGGAACACUGGAGACCAGCAUGCAGGCAGGAGCAGAGCAGAACACCCGGAUAGCAGGCCUGGAGCAGGAGCGGGACAGCCUGAGCCAUGCAGCAGCGCAGCACAGCAAGGACAUGGCAGCCCUGCAGGCUGAGCUGCAGCAGCUGCGGGACAUGCUCAGCAGCGAGAAGGAGAGUAACAGGAAGGAGCUGGAGACACUGCAGACACAGCUGCAAGAUAAGCAGGAGAGUGCAGAACGGACCCUGCAGCAGCGCCGGGCCGAGGAGCAGUUUGCUCUGCUGCAGGGCAGCGUGCGGGAGGCAGAACGCAUGGUGCAGGAUGCCCUCGGCCGCCUCGAGGACCCCGCUCACAUCAGUUGCACUGGCUCAGCAGAUUACCUCCUGUCCAGGACAUCGGCAGCCUCUGAGUGCAUUGAGAAGCUGCAGGAUGCACAUAGCAAAUACCUUGCCAACCGCACAGACGUGAGCACCCUGCUGCCCUGCGUGGCACUCUUUGCCCACCUCAUCAGCGACACCAUCCUGCAAGGCAGUGCUACCUCCCACAUGGCCCCAAUGGAGCCCGCUGACCGGCUGCUGGAGACAUGCAAGCAGUGCGGCAGUGAGGCCAUCAGCUACCUCAGCUCCCUGCAAGACCCAGGCAGUGUGGCAAGUGCCGACUGCACAGCAGUGACCGACUGCCUGCGCCGGAUCAGCACCAUUGGGGAGGAGCUGCGACCCAGAGGGCUGGACGUGAAGCAGGAGGAGCUGGGAGAUCUGGUGGACAAGGAGAUGGCGGCUACAUCGGCAGCCAUUGAGACUGCAGCUGCCAGGAUCGAGGAGAUGCUGAGCAAGGCCCGGGCAGGUGACACCGGGGUCAAACUGGAAGUGAAUGAGAGGAUCCUGGGUUCCUGCACCAGCCUCAUGCAGGCAAUCCAGGUGCUUGUCCUGGCAUCCAAGGACCUGCAGCGGGAGAUUGUGGAGAGCGGACGGGGUGCAGCGUCCCCCAAGGAGUUUUACGCCAAGAAUUCCCGCUGGACGGAGGGCCUCAUUUCUGCCUCCAAGGCCGUGGGCUGGGGAGCAACCGUCAUGGUGGAUGCUGCUGACCUGGUGGUGCAAGGGAAAGGGAAAUUUGAGGAGCUGAUGGUCUGCUCCCACGAGAUUGCAGCCAGCACUGCGCAGCUGGUGGCAGCCUCCAAGGUGAAGGCAGACAAGGACAGCACCAACCUGUCCAAGCUGCAGCAAGCCUCUCGGAGCGUCAACCAGGCCACAGCUGGCGUGGUGGCCUCCACCAAGUCUGGGAAGUCACAAAUUGAGGAGAAAGAUAGCAUGGACUUCUCCAGCAUGACACUAACACAGAUCAAACGCCAAGAAAUGGACUCUCAGGUGCGAGUGUUGGAGCUGGAAAACCAAUUGCAGAAAGAGCGGCAGAAGCUGGGGGAGCUGCGCAAGAAGCAUUAUGAGCUGGCAGGAGUGGCGGAGGGCUGGGAGGAGGAUGGCACUGAUUAGCCUCCGCAGCAGGAGCAGCCAGCAGCAGAGACCCCUUCGGUCAGCCGGGAUCCAGCUUGGUGCAGCCCUUUUCAGAAGACACACAAUAAACUGGUGCAAAAUUCACCCCGAAGCACACGUCCUCCGCAUUCUCCGAGAGCUGCCUCCAGCACUGAAGGACCAAGAGCCGCAUCGCUGCUGAUGGAGCCCCUGGGGCUGUGAGCGAAGGCUGCCCAGCCUCACACCAGCUGCAAACUGCACGUGUAUUUAUUAGAGCUGCUUGGGGGGUCUCUGGGGUGGUCUCUAACCCUUUAGUUUCGUUUUUGCACAGAUUUCUCUGAACUGUUUGACCCAGCUCUGGCGGAUCGGGAGCGUUCGGGUUUCCUUCGCCUCUUGCUGCUUCUCCAGCCUUAACAUAUUCACUGGUGCAGUGCAGCUUCCCUCCCCCACCGUGAGGAGCCUGGGGCCGUGGGGAUGCGGCAGGGCCAGGACAAACUCUGCUGGUGCUGCUGGGCCAGCUCAGGCUCUGGUGCUAGGCCUGGUGCUCCCAUAGCCCCAGCCCACGCGGGGGUACCGUGUGCCUUUGGCCACCUGAGAGCCAGGGCCUGCAUUGCUGCCUGGCGCUUGUUUGUGGGGUGCUGAGCUUCCUCUCGGGAAAGCCACUGCCCCCCUCUGAGCCCUGCAGAGCUCACAGCCCCGUGCUGGGGACGGCUGGCGGUGAGGAGGGCCUGGGCUGGUGGCAGGAGCAGGGCAGUGAUGGGCUCCAGGCCCCGUGUCUCCACCGUGCCCUGUGCUAAGCAGUGCCUGGAGCAGAGGAGCUGGGCCGCCCUGGCACAUCACUGUGUUCAUGCCAGCAAUAAGCCAUGGGCAAGGUGCUCGGCUCACUGCUGGGCAACAUCUGCUUCCAGAGGCACGGGAUGGGCCAGGGUGGCACAGAGGGGUCAGGGAGCAGCCAGCACGCCCCAAAGCCGCAGCGAGCGGCCCUGCCAUGCCUCUGUCCCCAGGUAGGGGUGGCUGUGGGGCUGGACACCCAGCCCCAGCCGGGAACCUUUGUGCCUUGGAGCAGGGGGCUCACAGGGCAGGGGGGACCUCUGACCCCAACCCCACUUAUCGCGCUGUGGUGGGGUCAGAUCGGUGCACGAGUACAGCCAUGCCUUCGGCCCGCCUGCACACCCAGCUGCUUCGUGGGUCUGGGGCCGGUUCAGGGGAGGAACAGCCGCGUGGGCCCCGCGGGUGCUGGGGCAGCCGGCCAUAUCUUUGGCACCACCUGGCCGACCGAGGACCAGAGGGGUCUGAGCGGCGACAUCCCCCCAGUCCGUGCCCAGACCCCCCCGCCGGCAGCACGGCCCCGGGGUCACCCGAACAGCAGAGGGGUGUCAGCACCACACCGUGUGCAGGCCGGUGGCCUCGCGGCCGGCCGCACCAUCCCGCCCCUCCGCGUCCCGGCCCCACAAAAGCAAUACGAGCUGAGCCACCCCUCUGCUGCGGGGCGCGGGGCCCCCAGCUACCUCAGGCCACCAGGCUGCGUCCAGCCGGGCCCGGAGUGCCGGGGGGGAACGCAGGGACGCGACGCCGCGCUCUCAGAACUUCUCCUUUUCUCUUCCUUUUGUAACUCGGCCGAGCGCGGGGCGGCAGCAUCCCGCGGCAAGCGGCUGGCGGCGGGGACGGGCGCGACGCAGCGGGAUCGUUUUUCCAUUGUACGAUAACGUCGCGUGGUGUCGAUUUUUAAAUAAAGCCUUCGGCCCAGCG